AUGGAUUGCUUGGGACCAUCCGAAUUUUUGAGUAUUUUAAACGUGAAGAAUGAAAGAGAUUCCUGCCUGGAGCGCGACAAGAAUAUUGGAACGUUGUGGUCUAGUAUGUGCAUGAAGGUUCCUUGCAUGGUGCAUCGCAAUGAUGCGGAUCGAUGGUGCAUGCUGAAGCAGUGGAGGCCAUUACACCAGACCGUGCCAGUCUGCUCCAAGGUUGAUCUCCAGGUCACUGCCAUAUCGGCUGUCGACAGCAAUGGCCUGAACCGUAGGAAGAAGGUGUGUCGCUGCUGUUCUGAAGGCACCAUCUUUGCUUUAUUUGCAGAGCUGUACUUGAAUGACUCUGUACCCUACCUAGACCGAACCCCCACACCACUGGAAUUCCAGCGAAACUGGUUGUGUCCCAACAAGCCAUUCAUCUUGAGAAAUGCCAUCAACCACUGGCCAGCAAUCUCCAAAUGGACAGUUUCCUACUUUCGAAAGGUGAUUGGCAAGCGCAGGAUGAGUGUGGCGGUGACCCCCAAUGGGUGUGCUGAUGCUGUGUACGAGGGUCGGUUCGUGAUGCCUGAGGAACGGCAAAUGCCAUUUGAGGACUUCCUAGACAUCAUCGAGAAGAAGCGGGCUGCGAGUGGUGUGUUCUAUGUGCAGAAGCAGUGCUCAAACCUGACAGAGGAAUUCCCUCAGCUCUUGCAGGACGUAGAUCCCCACAUCGCGUGGAUGAGUGAGGCGUUAGGGAAGAUGCCUGAUGCUGUGAAUUUCUGGCUGGGGGAGUCAGCUGCAGUAACUUCCUUGCAUAAAGAUCACUAUGAGAACCUGUACUGCGUGGUUUCUGGAGAGAAGCAUUUUAUCCUCCUCCCUCCCACUGACAGGCCCUUUAUCCCAUAUGGAUUCUUCCAGCCUGCAACAUAUAAGGUGAAUGAAGAUGGUUCCUUUGAUGUGAUAGAUGUACAGAAUGCAGAGAAGGUACCCUGGAUUCCUCUUGACCCCCUGAACCCUGAUCUCACUCGUUAUCCUGAAUAUUCUCAUGCAAGGCCUCUCCAUUGCACAGUCAGAGCAGUGAAUUUCUGGUAUGAUAUGGAGUAUGACAUCAAGUACAAUUACUUCCAGUUCCUCGACUCUCUGAUUAAAACAAUGAAUACAGUCUGAUUUAUCUGGUCAAAUCUUCCAGGAUGUCAGGAAGAGACAAAUCUGAAUCCAGAUUUUCUGAACGCCUCCGUAUACAUUGAACAAAGACGAUGUAAACUGUGUCAGAAAUACUGUUCAUGGAUAAACUGCGCUUUUUGCCACAUAUCUGAUUAAUCACUGUGUGGCCACAGUAAAUAAUACACAUUAGUUUUGGUGAGACAGUGCCAUUUACCAAGGGGAAAUCAUUGCCAUACGUGUGGAAUUCACUUCUAAUCACUUCAUAACUAAUAACGUGCUAGUAAAUCAGAAUCAAUGUUUCUAGACCAGACAAAAGCAGAAAUUGCUGGAAAAUCUCAUCAGGUCUGGCAGCAUCUAUGGAAAGAAAUCAAGUUAAUUUGGCGCAUCCAGAACCUCUUCUAGACCAGACCUUGCGUUUAUGUGUUUCCAAAGCUGGAAUGAAUAAAUCUGGUGGCAUAGAAUGAGCUCAAAUCUGCAGCUCCCCAAAUGGAGAUCGUAGUGUGGCUUUGAAGAUUGUGCAUUUGGUCAUUUCAAGGCAUUUUAUGUCAUUCUGGACAACUUAACCUUGUUUAUCAGGAGGUAGCCUAAUGAAGCGGUUAUUCGGCAUAUUCCUCCAAUAUUGGCUGCACAGAAACCGCAAAGUGCCCACUAUUAACCAUAAUCCCUAACAGCAACUCACCGACCAUCCUUCAACAGCACCUUCCAAACCUGUCUCUGCCAGCUCAAUAAUUUUUGGGACUACCACCAUCGUCAGAAUUUUCCUUCGCGCCAUGCACCGUCCUGCCUUAGACAUGGAUCACUGUUCCUUCACUGUUACUGGGUCAAAAUCUUGGAACUCCUUUCCUCACAGUCUUGUGUACCUGCAUCAAGUGCCUUCCAGUGAUUGAAGAAAAUGGCUCAUCACUGCCUUCUGGAAGGUAAAUAGGUGUGGGCGACAAGUGCUGGUCUUGCCAGUGAGGUUCAGAACCCAUAAAAGAAUAAAAGCAAAGUCAUGGUUUUAAUAAAACGGUUGGACUGGUUAAGUGAUAAUUAUUGGCAUCCUACCUGGAGCACCCUGCAUGACCAUUGUGGCUACAUCUGCCUUCCAUGUGCAGCUUUCAACACAAGGUGCCAGUAACCAGAAAGUCAGGAACACAAGGUCCAAGCUGUGUCGUAAACAGUGGUUGUGUGCACAGACAAAAGGUUUUACUCUACCUCAUUAAUUGUAACAAACAGGGUAUAAAGAAUGGAGAACACUGAUACAUCGCUCCACAGUGAGGCUGAUAACCACAAUAUAAAGUAAUAAUUUGGAAUAACCUUGAUGUUCCUGUUUCCCAAUAUAUAUCACAUCUAAUAAAAUAUGGAUUUGUUUUCUAUUAUUUAUGGUGUGCGUUCCAAGCUACUUUGGUCGCUGUUAAUGGCACUUUAUACACACCAGACACCACUUUGUAAAUGACAGCUUGUCAGCAGCUCACUAAAUUGUGUCAUGUUUCUCAGCACUGCACUGCAGGUAGUGUUAAUGGAUUCUGGCCUCUACACCACAUGGUGCCAUUGCUAGAAAGCAGCCACUAAAGCAGCUGUAAUGGAAGAGGAAAUUUCAGGAGGAUUUUUAAAUUUUCAAUCCUGAAACAUUAAGCAGUGAUUAAGUCUCCAACUUGUAGUUUAUACACAUGCUGUGCUGCACAUGAACUGACACUGAGCUCUUUGUGUUAAGAUGUCAUAAGUCCUACAAGAUCACCAAAUGCUGAAGCCAUUCUCUGCCUGGAUGGCAGCUACCAACCCAAUAAAAAAAACCCUUCCCAAUACUAUUUGUCUCCCCCAGUAGCAGAUAGGGAGUCAGGGUUGGAGAAUCACGGAUAUAUUGUGGGAGUUUUUAGGGAGAUUACAGAUAUGGAGGCGUAAGGCUACGUCCGAACAAUAUGAAUAACAACUUUAACCGGGAACCGUGGUAGGUUGUGGUGAAAGGAAUUUGCAGCAAAUCGGGACAAAGGCAGCAGGGGUUUUAUUGACCUCACAUUUACACGGGGUAGAACGUGGGAGGAUGGGCACAAGUGCCUCGGAACAGUAGCGUAAGGCAUACAGGUAACAAAAGCAAAAAAAUGAGGGUAUCAGCAGCAAAUGAACUGAAGCAGGAUUGAAGCCAGUAAUGGCACGGAGGUGGAACCAUACACAGUGUAGCACUAGGGCGCAGAUACGUUAGUCGGAGGUUUAUUAUUGUUCUGAUACCAAUGUUCAGCCAGAAAGAGUUACUAAGGAGGCAGCUGGUGACCAUGGUUAUAGAAUAGACUGUUGCAGGGAGAAUCAAGAUAAUGUCUUUCGCCUCCCCAAUAUUUACAUGUAUGAAUUUCUUGGUCAUCCAGUAUUGGUAGUCAGGCUAGAGAUGGUGGAAGAGUCAAUAGAAUUGAUGAUGAUCUAAAGCAGGGAAUCAUCAUUAUACUUGUGAGAAUUGUUGCUGUCUUUAAGAGGAUGUUGCCCUAGAGCAGCGUUUUGAUACAUAAAAGGGAAGAAAGCAA